AUGAGCUCCCAGACGAUCGGGCCAAUUGCCGAUAUAGAUCGCAUCAUCCGAACCCUUUUGUCACUACAACGGCUUUCGGAGACUGACAUUCAGUACCUUUGCUAUACGGCUAGCUUAAUUCUCCUGUCGCAGCCAACACUUCUGAACCUUGAAGCACCGAUGAAUAUCAUUGGCGACAUAAGCGGCCAGUAUCACGAUCUUCUCACAGUCUUUGCUCGAGGGGGAUGCCCUCCCGAAGCCAACUAUCUCUUCCUCGGUAAUUUUGUUGGCAACGACAAGCAUUCUCUAGAGACUGCCUGUCUUGUUCUUGCAUUUAAGAUCAAAUUCCCCGAAAACUUCUUCAUCUUGCGAGGAAAUCAAGAAUGCGCCCUCCUCAGACACCAUCUCACAUUCUACGUUGACUUUCAUAUCCGAUACAGCAACAAGCUGUGGGACACGCUCAUCAAUUGCUUCAAUUGCUUGCCGCUUGCAGCCAUCAUCAGCGAGAAGAUUUUUGCAGUACAUGGAGGUUUGAGUCCUGAGCUGACAUCUAUGAGUCAAAUUCAGCAGAUCAUGAGGCCGACCGAUAUUCCAGGCCGCGGAUUGCUUCGUGACCUACUCCACUCCCAUCCCGACCAGAACAUUGUCGGCUGGACUGUGAAUCUGGAUAACGGCGCCGUGACAUUUGGUCCAGAGGUUGUGUAUCGCUUCGUUAAGACAUAUGACUUUGAUUUGAUCUGCUGUGGCUCUCAUAAGGCCUUGCGUGGCGGGUACGAAUUCAUUGCGCGUCGGCAUCUGGGCAGGGGCGAGGAACAGAAUGAUGGCGCGAUGAUGGCUGUGGAUAAAUCCUUGAUGUGCAGGUUUACGGUCAUAAAGGCUACAAAAAUAGGACUGUAGGGGUGCUGGCGAACCUGUAUAGGAGGAGCACCUAUAGAAACUGACUGCAGAGCCACUAAGCACAGGCAACAAGCUUCCUGGGAAGGUGUGUGCUGACGGAGCAGACGCAUCAGUGCCUUGCCAUAGGUACCCGUACAUAUUUCCACCACUGUUUAUGGGGAUCUAAUGUACUGAUAGAAAUCGGGGGCAGCGGGU